CUCACGGUCUGAGCAGACGUGAGGGUUAUAGUGUUGUUAUUGUAGCCAGAGUAGGUUUUAUUUAGGGUUUUUUUUGUGUCAUUGACCCGCAUUAGUGUGAAUGCCCUACUGUUCUGUGACAAUUAUCUGAGGAGGAUUUUAACGGUUCCGGUGCUGUGAUGGAUCCGCGAGUGGCAGAGUUUUUCGGUACCGGUUCCGGAUUGAUGGCGGGCCCGCAGGGGCUAAAUUCGGGUUCGGGCAAUGGUUUGAGUUUGAUGUCAAUAAAAUCCUACGCGAAAAACAACAAAAAAGUAAAAAACCGAGCAACCAGGAAUACGAAACCCAGUAACAACCCACCUUAUUUACCUCCUGAGGCUGAAGAAGGAAAUAUAGAAUACAAGUUGAAGCUGGUGAACCCUACACAGUACCGCUUCGAGCACCUGGUGACGCAGAUGAAGUGGCGGCUGCAGGAGGGCCGCGGGGAGGCGGUGUACCAGAUCGGGGUGGAGGACAACGGCCUGCUGGUGGGCCUGUCUGAGGAGGACAUGAGAGCCUCGCUGAAGACACUCCGCCGGAUGGCUGAGAAGGUUGGAGCUGACAUCACAGUCAUCAGAGAGAGAGAGGUAGACUAUGACUUGGACAUCCCAAGAAAAAUUUCAGAGGUUUUAGUGAGGAAAGUUCCAGAUGACCAGCAGUUCCUGGACCUGCGGGUGGCAGUGCUGGGGAACGUGGACUCGGGCAAGUCCACCCUGCUGGGCGUGCUGACGCAGGGAGAGCUGGAUAACGGGCGGGGGCGGGCGCGCCUCAACCUCUUUAGACACCUGCACGAGAUCCAGUCUGGCAGGACUUCCAGCAUCAGCUUUGAGAUCAUGGGCUUCAACAGCAAAGGGGAGGUGGUAAACUACAGCGAGUCACGGACAGCAGAGGAGAUCUGCGAGAGUGCGUCCAAGAUGAUCACCUUCAUCGACCUGGCUGGGCACCACAAGUACUUGAAAACAACUAUCUUCGGCCUGACCAGCUACUGCCCUGACUUUGCCAUGCUGGUAGUUAGUGCUAACACAGGCAUAGCUGGCACGACGCGAGAGCACCUGGGCCUGGCCAUGGCUCUGAAGGUGCCCAUCUUCAUAGUGGUCAGCAAGGUGGACCUGUGCACCAAGAGCACCAUCGAGCGCACGGUCAAGCAGCUGGAGAGGAUCUUGAAGCAGCCCGGCUGUAACAAGGUCCCCAUGCUGGUGGCCACUGCGGACGAUGCCGUCACUGCCGCCCAGCAGUUUGCACUGUCCCCCAGUAUCACACCGAUUUUCACACUGUCAAGUGUCUCGGGUGAAAACCUGCAUCUGCUGAAGGUUUUCUUCAAUAUCAUCCCGCCGCUGAGCAACAGCAAGGAGCAGGAGGAGCUGAUGCAGCAGCUGACAGAGUUCCAGGUUGAUGAAAUCUACACAGUACCAGAAGUAGGGACAGUUGUUGGGGGAACUCUCUACAGUGGUAUCUGCCGGGAGGGCGAGGGGCUGGUGGUGGGUCCCACUGAUGACGGGAACUUCCUGGAGCUGAAGGUGUGCAGCAUCCAGAGGAACCGCUCCGCCUGCAGGGUCCUCCGGGCCGGCCAGGCAGCUACGCUGGCACUGGGCAAUUUCGACAGGUCCCUGCUGCGCAAGGGCAUGGUGAUGGUGAGUCCUGAGAUGAACCCCACGAUAUGCUGGAUGUUUGAAGCGGAGAUCGUGCUGCUGUUCCACGCCAAGACUGUCAGAAAGGGCUUCCAGGUCACUGUCCAUGUAGGCAACGUCCGACAGACUGCCAUUGUGGAGUGCUUACAUGGAAAGGAUGAGCUGCGGACAGGGGAGAAGGCUGUAGUGUGUUUCAAGUUCAUAAAGCACCCGGAGUACUUGAAAAUCGGAGCCAAAUUACUCUUCCGAGAGGGAGUAACGAAAGGGAUCGGACACGUCGCCAGCCUGCACCCUCUCUUCAUGAACCAAUACAACUAGGAAGUGUGCAGAGAAGAGAGAGAAUUGAAAAAGGGACGGACAAGCUCCACCGGACCUCAGCUAUACCGCAGCCCUGAGCAGGGAGCCCUGCUAACGUUUAAACAGCAGCUACACAGUGGAGGUGAAGGACGAUUCUUAUUUUGCACAGCCCUGUAUUUUAGCCUUACGAGUGUCACACCAAUGCAGCCCUUCCAUUAACUUGCUCAUUGUUCAACACGGGGUGCUUUAAUAAUGCCAGUUUUCAAAUGUUUUUAAUCCUUUUUUUUGUAGAACUUUGUACUUUGGGUUUAGCCUAUUCAUUUGAGUUAGGGUUGUGCGUUAAAACUGUUUUUAUGUUUUGUAUGGACUUUAAACCUGUCCCAUUCUCUUUUGAGCUUUUGACUUUUUUAAAAUGUUAUUUCUACUGAGAUUUUUGUCAAGCAGUCUACAAAGAAAAGUGUCAAGGUGCUACAACAAGCAUCUCCACCAGAGAUCCAGAGCAAUGCAGAACCAGCAACGCUGAAUACCUGUGACUCUGGUAACAGCCCUGAGCUAGCUCACAACCUCCUGUCAAUGCACAUUGAAAUAAGGGUUUAACUGCAAAAAACAAGCAAACGUAUUAACAGUGUAACUGAUAAGAAAAAGAAACACUAUCAAUUUUCAUGUUACUGUAUAUACACUGUGGCAAUGGAAAUCGGUAUUAUUGGAAACUAUUAUCUGAAAUGUUGGCAUUUUGAUUUUGAAGCAAUUUAGGAAGAUUAACCCAGUUUCUUGCAGCAUCCAAUCAGGAAGGAAAGAAGUCAGACGUGCUAAACAGAUAGUGAGACGUUUAUGUUUAUGGAAACCUCUGAAAAAUGCAAUGUCCAAAGUACACUUGCACAAAAACCCCCCACAACAACAA